CCUAAGCUUUCGAAUACAACGUUGGUUGUUGACGCACUAGACGAAUGCGACAAGGCAGAGAAGUAUCGAACACGUCUUCUCAAGCUUAUUCUACAUCUUGCAGCCGAGUCUCGUGCUAAGUGGCUCCUUUCAUGUCGAAACGAAGUUAUCUUGGAGGGAAAUAUACCUCCUGAACAAUCAAGUGCAAUCCUGAGCCUCGAAUCGAAAGAUAAUGCUGCUCAUGUCCGUUUGGGCGUUGACGAAUAUAUUCAACGUCGCAUUUCCAAAAUUUCCGAAGACGACCCAGAGCUACAAAAACGUAUAGGCAAGCAACUGAGAGAGAAGGCUAAUGGCACAUUUUUUUUGGUGUCGUUGGUUGCGCAGGAGCUCGAGCGAGCUCCUCAGUGGGAACUCGAACAAAUCCUCGCCGACAUGCUUCCGGGUCUAAAUGAACUAUAC